UGGAAACCCGUAGAAAAUGGCGUCGCUGGAUAGAGUGAAGGUGCUGGUGCUGGGAGAUUCAGGUGUUGGAAAGUCCUCUCUCGUUCACUUAUUGUGUCAGAAUCAGGUGCUGGGAAACCCUUCGUGGACAGUGGGCUGCUCUGUGGACGUUCGUGUCCAUGAUUACAAAGAAGGUACACCUGAGGAGAAGACCUACUACAUUGAAUUGUGGGAUGUUGGAGGAUCAGUUGGCAGUGCCAGCAGUGUGAAAAGCACUAGAGCUGUUUUCUACCACUCGGUCAAUGGCAUUAUUUUAGUACAUGAUUUGACGAACAAGAAGUCAUCACAGAAUUUGUACCGGUGGACCCUGGAAGCUCUAAAUAAAGACUCGUCUCCAACUGGAGUUAUAGUCACCAAUGGUGAUUAUGACAGAGAACAGUUUGCAGAGAAUCCAGUGCCUCUACUGAUGAUUGGAACCAAGUUUGACCAGAUUCCCGAGAACAAGCGCAAUGAAGUCUUGACCAGGACUGCUUUCUUGUCUGAGGAUUUCAAUGCUGAGGAGAUCAAUCUGGACUGCACCAAUCCACGGUACUUAGCAGCUGGCUCAUCAAAUGCAGUGAAGUUGAGCAGGUUCUUUGAUAAGGUAAUAGAAAAGAGAUACUUUACAAAAGAGUCAAAUCAGAUAACUGGCUUCACAGACAGAAAGCGCUUCAACUUCAAGAGCCUUCACUAUGACUGAAGCUGUCCAAUGCCUUCUGGCUGUUUGACAAGUGGUUUCAUUCAUCUCUGUGGGUGUGUGAAUACUGCUCUUAAGAACGGGCACCUUGUAUGAAAUGAUGCACUUACCCUGUACCACACAAAAGGCUGACAAAAGGACUUGCUAUUGUGGUUUCAAAUGUUUGUGCACUACAGGUGUUUAAAAUUCAUUUGUCUAUAAAAAAAGUUUUAAUUUCUAAAUGUAACAUCAAAUUUGAAGGGAGUAAUAUAAGUGGUGAAAAUCAUUGAAAAAGUACUAAGUGUUGUGCCAGUUGACCUGGGAACUGUGGGAUUAUUUUAGCUACUUCAUAUUCUACUUUUCUACUGUGAGCAUUUAGGGUUUGCUAUUACAAGGUGACAGCCACAGCUGCUACACUCUGCCCACAUAGCCUACCCAGCAGGCUGUAGCCUUUUUUUUUUUUUUUUUU